UUAACAUGGGCUACGAUGAGUGGAACCUUCCAGGUGGUGGAUAUGUUAUUGGGUCUAAGAGGAGUGAGCGCCGAGGGGAAAGACAAUGAAGGCCGAACAGCGCUCUCGUGGGCCGCCGGGAAUGGCGGCCAGUGGAUAGCACGAUUACUCAUGAAAAGCGACUCGACCACUUCCCGUAUUGUGGAUAGCAACGGCCGAACGCCACUUCUGUGGGUGGCGCAGAGCGGGAAAGAGGAUAUAAUAAAGUUUUUUUUGGGAAAGGAUGUGGAUAUCGAUUGGGUGGACAACCUCGGCCAGACACGGCUCAUAUAUGCGGCCGGAAAUGGGCAUGAGGGGGUGGUGGGGAUUUUGCUGCAGAGGGGGAGAGCCAGGAAGGACACCGCGGACACCGACGAUGGAACACCACUCUCGUGGGCAGCUGGUGGAGGGCUUGAGGGCGUAGUGAUGUUGCUAGUCGAGUGGAAGGAGGUUAACCCCAAUGCGACGGAUAUCCGAUACGGCAGAACACUGCGAUCUUGGGCGGCCGGCAAUGGGUACGAGCAACUAAUCAAAUUAGCGCUCGCGCAUCGUGAGAUCAUUCCGGAGCUGGUAGACAAAGGAGGC